CUUACAUGUUCUUUCCACAAGAAUGAAACCAAGCGAGUACUAGUCCCUGAUAGUAGGUACAAUCAAACUUCAAACCUCGUAGUGCAUACAGAAAUUUAAGUACUUCUACUUGCUUAUUUCAGUUUAUCGAAUAACACCAAUGGUCCUCUUGUACUAGCCCGUCCUAGAAGAAAAUGGGCGCGUCGUGUCCGUGCUCGGCUCAGUGCUGUGUCACGAUAUCCGCAGACGAGGUAGGAAUUGUAGAGCACUGGGCCAAAUUCCACAACCUGCAAGGCGCGGGGUUAGUUAUGGAGGAGGCCCUGUGAUGGUGAGUUAUCAGACUCGGACACCGCUUUGGUGACCUUAACUUUAAGUCUUGUAACGAGUUACUUGUGCAACAUACACUGUAAGAAAUCACAUUUCCAUGACUUGCGCAACAAGAAACGGAUGAGGGCUUAAUAGUCGCCCCCGUACUGGUAGCGCUCAUAGUGCUUACGUUGGGUAGCGAAUAUGGGUUUCCAUGUGUCAACUCACCCACUCGUACUACCGUCUAAUCCCUCAUGUUUUCCAUUCCCGUGUAUGUGUCAGCUCGCAGGCACUUUGAGUACGCGGCAAAGAUCUCUUCCAUUAAGGCUCAUUUUAUUGCAUUUCCACAGGUCGCUUUUCUCUGCUUUCUUCUUGAAAUACUGAGAGAAUGAACCUAGUCUGCACUUAUACUACCCAUCUAGGCCUCCACUUCGGUGAAGUCUAAAAAUUGGAAUUUGCCACUAGCUGAGCGCUUGACUGUAAGUUAUUUAGGAGCUAGCUUUCUAGAACUUCAACUUCUAUGUAAAAAUACAGCUCCACCUUUGAGGGUGAUCGACGAGUAACGAUCGCAAUACAACGGAGCGCACACAAGGAACCGAAGAAAUGAAUUGCUUUGAGCUCAUCUAACUUGCUUAUCGACUGAAGCGAAGACGAAAGAUAAUGUCUUCAUAGAAGUGAAGCUGGAAGUGCAAUAUGUCCUGAACAAAAACGAAGCGAUGAACGCCUUCUACAAGCUCUCAAACGUGGAACAGCAAAUAUGCAGCUAUCUGAAGAAUGAGAUACGAAGUAUUCGCCCUUUCCUAUUUUUUCUUUGAUGUAGCAGUCGAACGAGGACAAUCUUCAAGAAACGAACUGUGCAUAGAGGACGAGGAACGAACAGAAAAGUGCUUCACCAGUCCAAACAGAAGAACCUCGUAAAAGGACCUUGUGUUCCUAGACCUCUUCUGUAGUAGUUCUUAGUAGCUUGUCAUGAAUUACUAAUGACCUGCGCUUUGCUUGUCUUUGAUGUGAUGUUCGUUCCUCGUCUUCUAUGCGCAGUUCGUUUCUUCGAUCAAUCAUUCAAUUUGAAGAUUGUCCUCGUCGUCCGACAGACGGAGCACAUCUUGAUACUUUCGCAAACAAAGGUACAAUCUGCACUCGCCUCCUCGACGAAGUCUACAAUGACCGGUCUGUGCUGAUUGCCAAUGUGAGGGAUCGAUUGUCAGAGGUCAUGGCAGCCUAUGGCUACAUUCUGGUGGCCGUACUUGUGCAUGAAGUAACACCUGCUGCGAAGGUGUUCCAAGCGAUGAACUCGAUAGAGACGCUAUUAUGAAGUGUCUUCUGAAAACUGUGCGAGAUUGAAAAUUGUAUUGUAGUAUGGUAUAAUCCAAACAGAAGAACCUCGUAAAAAAAGGACCUCAACACGUUCGACUCUACUGAUUCUAAUUUCGCGGAGACUCCGGGUGGCCACUUUGGACCAAGCUGAAGCGGAGAAGCUUUUAGUAGUCAAAAGAGCAGAAGGCGAGAUGGAGCGGAAAAGAUUGUCUGGGGUGGGGUUGUCGAGGCAGAGAAUGGCCUUAUUGAGGGGGAUGGAGAUGAGCAUGGCCCACUUCAUUUAUGAUUGAUGAACAAGAUGUAGAAAACUACCUAAUAUCAUCUUCAAUACUAUCAGAAGCUGUAAGUAAAUUAGAUUCCAUUUACAAAUACAAUCAGAAGAUCCUUGUACUACAGAUACAAAACACUUUGCUUAUCAGUAAAGUGGAUGAACAUUACAUUCCAAGAUAAUUUAGUAGAUGAGUAGUUGUAUCUACACACUUUGCUCUGAUAUUCUGUCUCAGACGCGCAAGAGACGUCAGCAGACCCAGCGACAGGCGUGAUGCCGCGUUCCAAGACCAUGGCUCUAGAUGGCUUAGAAGCUCUAGAAGCGGACGCUCAAGCGGCUAUGCAUGCUUAUGCGAGGCCAGCAAAUCGCAUGAGAAUGCCCACAGAUGUAGGGGUAGAAGACACAAACACGCUGUUUCCUCCUGAAGCGAUUUCGCAGCCGCCAUUGAUCGGGGUAGGACAGCAGGCGGAGGGGCUUGUGUACUGACUUCUAUACAUGGACAUGUUGCUAAUCGCGCAAUUUAUAAGGUUUCACAGCUCGCAUGGCAUGGAGUGCAUGGAUCACAUGGAGUAGCAUGGAGCUAAAGGGGGAGCUUCUUGCGCCCCUUAAAGCUCUGCGCUCCAUGCUACUCCGUGCCCCAUGCGUGCUAUAAACUAUGACUUGAUGUUGAGCCCACCUUCAAACUAUUCAAUCGAACAAUAAUGCUGACCUUCAUCAGAAAUGACAUUUCAAUUCCCCUGUCAAACAGGGACACAGUCCGCGUUCGAGACGUGAUGGAAUUGAUGCUGAUCACGAACUACUUCGACAUGCUUAAGGACGUUGGGCAGAACGAUUCGGCGAGUACCAUCUACAUCGGCAAUAGUCCCGGAACGGUUGGAUCGAUGUUAUGUUCUUGAAUCAGCUAGAGUCUCGUUGAUCAUCCGAAAACACUCUGAAUCUGAUACGGUAAAAAUUCUACUUCGUCUACCUUUUGCUCAGGACCACACUUUCGGCUGAUGUCACUUGGAGUCUCUAGUGUCGAGUUUUUUCAAUCUCUAAUGAUACGUCGCGAAAUUGCUGGCGCUUUCUCCGGGUAACGUGUGGACUGCUCUCCCUCUUACACGCCCUCUCUCUCCCGCAUCGCUAUGGAAAACGCGUGUAUCAAAUGAAACCCAGCACUGCUUUGCGCCUCGUCACACUGCACACCCAAAUCGAGAAAGAAAGACAAGGACAUUCGCGUGAGAGAGUUCUCUUCAGAUUCUGCAUUGUUCUUCGCAGAUUCUGGCAGAAACAAUCACACUCUUGCACUGGCAAGUAAAAGACGUCUGAC